CCGUUCUGACAAGAAAUUGAUUUUUUUUGUUUGUUAAUAAUUAAAUGUAAUAGUUUAUAUACUAAGCAUUAAAAAAAAAACUUCUUGCAGUUAGCAGCUGUUAGCAGACGUUGGAGGUGAAGGAAAAGCUCUUCUGAGAGGAACGCAUUAAGUCCAGUGAUCAUCAUGAGUAAGACAAAGCCGAAGCUUCCACCACGAAGAGCAACUCUGAUUCAUGAAGGUCCUCCAAAACGAUCCCUUCUACAUACAGAAAGGACAAAUCUUGAUGAAAAUGGAAAAGUCAGAAAAUGGACUUAUGGAAACAAAGAUGACAGUAAACCAAACAAAAUUGUUCUUCUGGUGGGAGAGACUGGUGCUGGUAAGACGACUCUCAUCAACACCAUGGUCAACUACUUACUGGAAGUGACGUUCAAGGAAGAAAAGUGGUAUGAAAUUACAGAAGAAGAAGCCGGAGAUCAAUCAGAAUCACAAACUUCUGAAAUCACCAUGUAUGAAGUCUUUUCUAUUAAAAGUCCCAUAUCUCUCACCAUCAUUGAUACUCCAGGCUACGGAGACACUAGAGGACUGGACAAAGAUCUGGAAGUUGCUGAGAAUUUAUCUGCACUUUUCCAAAGAAAUGAUGGAGUUUGUGAAGUUGAUGCUGUGUGUUUUGUGAUUCAAGCGUCUAAGAAUCGUCUCUCAGACAGACAGCAUUACAUUAUCAGUUCAAUUCUGUCUUUGUUUGGUAAAGACAUUGUGAACAACAUUGUGUUUUUAAUCACACACUCUGAUGGUCUGCCACCCCAUAAUGUCCUUUCUGGCAUCAAUAAAGCUAGAAUCCCCUGCAGACGAGACAAAAGUGGCCAACCUGUUCAUUUCUUAUUUAACAACAGACAGACUGAAGGUCGUCACACUAAAGAUCGUCAUGUUCGUGCUCAAAGAGACGCCUGGGAAGACAGUGUGGAAGGCAUGAAGCAAUUCUUUCAGACUCUGAAUGAAAUGAACAGAAAAAGUUUAAAGUUAACUUCAGAUGUACUGAUGGAACGAAUUCAGUUUGAAGCAUCCAUCUGCAACUUGCAGCUGCGAAUUCAAGAGAAGGAGCUGAAAAUAGAUGAAAAACGUCAGAUCCAGGAGGCAAUGGUGCAAAACAAGGAAAAGAUUGAGGAGUGUAAAAACUUCACGAUUCAAGUCAAAAAGACUGUAAAAGAGAAGGUGCCCAUCGAGAGCAGGUCAUGGAAGAACAGGAAAGCGACAACCUGCACCGUCUGUUUAGAAAACUGUCAUGAGUUUGACUGCUGGUGGGUUUCUGAUCCCAGCAAAUGUGAAGUCAUGAAAAAAGGCUACUGCACCGUGUGCACAGGGAAGUGUCAUCACAGCAAACACGUCAAAGAAAACAAGAAAUACAUCUUCAGAAUUUCAAAUGUCAUGAUGGAGUUUGACUCCAUAAAAAAGGAAUAUGAAAAAGCCCAAGAAGAGUCCAAAAUAUAUUCAUUUUUAAUGCAACGUCUUGACAAAGAUCUGAAGGAUAUUGAAGACCAAAAGUCAAAUCUACUGUCCGAAGCUUACAGGACCAUCAAAAAUCUGUCUCAGAUCGCAUUAAAACCAGACUCUGCCUUCACUCUUCAGCAUCUGGACUUCUUCAUCCCCAGAGUGAGGGAGGCUGGGAAAGAAGACUGGGUGAGAGAGUUGGAGGAAAUGAGGAGAAAAGCUGUAGAUGAUGAAGCCAAUAAAAACGCUCUGAGUUAUCUGAAAGCUGGUCUGGCAAAACUUUUCAUGAAUGGGAAAUGAUUAAAUCCAGUACAGUGAACAAUCAAAGUAGAAAAGAAAAAUCAGUAGUUGGACUGUCACAGUAAACCCCUAGUUGUAUGCAGUUGUGCUGUGUUGGCCCGUGUGGCCAGAUUUACCAUCAAGAUUAUGUUUGCCAACUUUGUUCUAUUUUUAUUGUGAGAUCUUUGCAGGGAGGAGGAUGCCCUUUAUUUUGAGAAUCUAUGUUUUAUCCUGUGUUUGACUAGAGAGGGAUUAAGGGAAGUGUCUGUCUUUCGUUUCAUUUUUCUUUUAAUGCUAGGUAAGGUAUUAUUUACAAACCCUCAGCUAGAGUUCCUUUUGUUUGUUAUUUUGGCUUUUCUCCCUCCUGAAGCCUUAUGUUUGUAUCCCACUGAUAGGUUUAAAAUGAACAUUGUAUGUUGGUUUAUUUAAAACUGGUGUGACGAUUUGUGUUUGUCCUGGGACCUGGAGACAGGAGUUCUCUCACUCUCUCCCCACUCUUUAUUAUGCUUCUUUCCGGCCCAUAGAUCAUAAAGUGGGGAACGUAACAUACUACAGAGAAUAUGAAGAUGCUUUAUAAAGUGAUGGAGCAACCUAUGUAUGGUCCUGUACUGUUAAGGGGUUGAAGCUGAAUAUUUAUAAUUUAAAUUACUGUAAACUAAUUAAAGGAAGGACAGACAGACAGACAGACUCAGUGGUGUGGGCAGAAUGGUAUUUUUGGUCAGGCCUGGGCAAAAGUGAGUGGGCACUAGACACAGACUCAAUAUUCAGGUAAUUUCAAAGUUUUUGUUGAUCCUAUUGAACAAUAAACUGUAGUACACAGUGGAAGACAUGCAUAUUAAAACUACAACAUAUUAGUCACUAACAAGAACAUGCCCAUUGUCAACAUAAUCAAGGAAGGAUAAUUUUGCCCCUCC